AUGCUGCCUGUAUUAUUCCUUUUACUGAAUAUUGGUGGAAGUUUAUCUCAAGGUUGGAACAAUCAAUGGAACCCGUUUCAACAAUGGCAACAACCUGGUUGGGGACAACCACAGCCUGGAUGGGGAGUUGCACCACCUCAAGCUGUUGUUCAACCACAACCACAACAAGUUGCGGUGCAGGGUGUGAAAAAUGCUGUGCAGGAUAGAAUUCAACAGAUGUUAGUUGCUUUUUUAGAUGAUAAAAUUUUAAAUAUUCUUCAACAAACCUAUGAUUUCAGCUACGGAGUUCCUGGCCGACGAAACUCCAAUCAAAAACUUCGAAUUUGCUGCCGAAGUUUGAAAGAAGCCGACGUGGAUUGUCGUCGGAAAUAUUGCGAUUUCGAAGCCUUCAGACCAGAUCAAGUUUUAGGAUUCUUGGGAGAAUGUGCACCGAAAGGUCCAACAGUUGGACAAAUGUGGGAUUGUGCAUCAUCGAGAGCUGAUCAUACACCAUGUUGUCAAGCACAAGGGGUAAGCUUUGGGUCAAAAGGAAAUUUUUGGGCCUUCAUAAUUUUUUUCAACAAAAAAUAGUCAAAUCAAAAUCUAUCGAUUUUUUCUAGGUUCUGCCAGCUUGCAUUGCCUAUUGCGAAACUACCAACGGAGUUCCUACUGAUUAUUUGAAAUAUGCGAUUUGCAUUGGACAAUUCGACAAAAUUCGAUAUUGCUUUAGAGAUCAUUUGGAAAAACACCCAAAUAUUAAGGGGGAUACUUAA